AUGUCCUGUGACCGGUGUGAGGGUUUGGAUGAGGAGGGUGACGGCCGAAUACCCUUGCCCCGCGCGCGCCUACUCUCCUCCGCUCACUCGCUAGCCGCCGCGUCCCCUCUCCGCGCCGACUGCUGCGCCACUCCGCCAAGCGCAGCGCGCGUUCCCCCCUACAGGCGGAGGGUGUGGCGCGCAGCGGCUGCAGGGGGCGAGGCGGUUGCGGGGGCGUCGCCACUGGUGACCGCUGCGGGUGAUAGCGCAGUUGCGCCAGCAGUGGCAGUGCGCAACCUGGUGGCGCAGGCGCAGUACGCACAGCUCUGCUCCAUCAUGCCCCGCUCGCACCACCGCCGCAAGGGGUACCCGUUCGGGUCGCUUGUUGACUUUACGACUGACGCUGGUGGCCGUGAGUCAACGAGGGGGAGGGUGGGGGGGAAGGGGGAGAGCAAGAUGGGCAUAUGGGGCAGGGAGAAGAGGGGAGAACCCCGUAUUCCUGUUGUUCCCCUUGGGAAUGCACUCGCGCAACCUGCAGUCCGACCCGCGCUGCACCGUACUCGUGCAGAUCCCACCUUCUCCUGCCAUUCCCCUCAUCCCCCCCACCCCACCUGCCCACCCCCCAACCCCUCCGUUCCCCCCAGACCUCGUCUUCCUGCUGUCCCCUCUGGGCAUGCACUCGCGCAACCUCCAGUCCGACCCGCGUGCACCGUGGUGGUGCAGAUCCCACCUCCCCCGGGUGGAGCGGCCUUGGCAACACCAACCUGCACCUGGAACCCACCUUCGUACCCCUACUUCCCCUGCCAUUCCCUCCCACCCCCAACCCCCGACCCUGUGUUCCUCCUCUCCACUCUCGGCAUGCACUCGUGCAACCUACAGUCGGACCCACGCUGCACCGUGGUGGUGCAGAUCCCGGGGUGGAGCGGCCUUGCCGACGCACAUGCUACCAUCUUUGGGGACCACUACCCCCUGCCGCCCACCCAGCAGGUAGGAUACGAAUGGGCACGGGGCUUUUAUGUGAAGCGGCACCAGCACGGGGCACACGAGUGCUCCUUGCACCAUGCAUCCAUUACUGCUCUUCACCUCCCUCCAUUUCCACCCUUCUUUACCACGCCUCCACAUCUUACCACUGGCCGGAGUGGGCGUGGGGCUUUUAGCGAUGUCUACUUUGUGGGGGACUUUGGCAUGGUGGCGUGGAUAGGCGUGGCUGAGUAUGUGAGACCAUUCUUCAACCAGUGA